AUGAUCAAGCAUUUAACGCCAGCUACGGCCAUGUUUUCGAAAUUCAAGAGCGGCGGGGCCACGCAAUGCUCGACGGAGACCAAUCCCAUCGGGCAGUUUUUCGAAAUCGGCAAGCAAGUGGCCAGCGCCGGACCUGAACUCGUCUGGAAAAUACACGACGCUUAUAGGAAGAGCGACGGAAAGGAAUGUUCGGUGUUCAUAUUCGAGAAGCGCUGCGCCGAGAAGCUGCACAAGCCCAAGCGGAAGGAGACCGUGACGGAGAUCCUGCGGGGCAGCGUCAGGCAGCUGGAGCGCUACAGGCACCCGAAGAUCCUGCACGUCGUGCACGCCAUCGAGGAGUGCCAGGACACCCUGGCCUUCGCCACCGAGCCGGUGUACGCCAGCCUGGCCAACAUCCUGGCCUAUCACGAGAGCACCGUCAAUCACGCCGGCAUCCAAUCGGCGCACCACCACCAUCAGCAGCACCAAGCCCAACAGCGGCCGCCCAACGCGAGGGAGUACAAUUUUUUAGAUUUGGAAUACAAGUACGGGAUAUUGCAGAUAACCGAGGCCCUAUCGUUCCUGCAUUAUUCAGGCCACAUGCUGCAUAGGAAUGUGUGCCCUGGCAGUAUCCUGGUGACGAAACGAGGUCCGUGGAAACUGGCCGGUUUGGAAUUCAUUGAACGGAUAAACGACACUGAUGGCGUGGAGCCAAUCCCGUGCCAACCGUGGACCUCGAGGCUUCCGAAAAUGGCUCAACCGAACUUAGAUUAUACCGCUCCCGAAACUCAGCAACAAUCAAUUUGUAGCAUAUUAAGCGACAUGUACUCGUUGGGAAUGGUGAUUUGCGCCAUCUUCAACAACGGUCGGUCCCUGAUACAGGCGAACAAUUCAACAUCGGCUUACCUCAAGCAAAUCGAACUGUUGGAGGAUCAAGUUCGGAACUUGAUUCCGAGGGUUCCACUGCCGCUGCAGGAGGCGACUACGAGGCUCUGCAGCAAGGAUACCAGACAACGACCGACGGCGCAGCUGCUCACUCUUAUUAAAUAUUUUAGCGAUCCGGCGUUGCACGCUCUUCAGUUCCUGGACGUCGUAAAUAUGAAAGACCCCACGCAGAAGUCGCAUUUCUAUCGGAUCGGUCUUAAAGACGCAUUACCCUUCAUCCCGAAGAAAAUGUGGUAUCAAACCGUAUGGCCUUGUUUGCAACAGGAAAUGAGAACUCAGGAGGUGCUGGCUGCCGUCCUGCAAUCGGUAUUGUAUUUUGUGCAGGAAGCUACAGUCGAUGAAUACGAGUCCAUUAUUCUUCCGUCCUUAAGAAACGUGUUUUCGGCGCCGAAAACGGUACAGGCCACCGUGACUCUUCUCGAAAAUUUACACAUAAUUUUAGAAAAAACCCCACGAGAAGAUAUCCAAACGGAAAUCCUACCGAUGUUAUACAACGCUUUCGACAGCACCACAAUACAGGUUCAAAGCGCAGCUUUGGUGGCCGUUACCAACGUUUCGGAUUACCUGGAGGACACCGCGAUAAGGCGGAUAAUCCUGCCGAAGACGAAGAUGAUCUACGAGAAGAACCAAACCGACUCGAAAUUAAUAUCGAACGUGCUCUCCUGCGUCGAACAGACCUUGGGUAGACUGGACAAGACCCAAAUCAUCGACGAAGUCCUACCCUUGCUCUACGACAUCAAGCUCUCCGAUCCCCAGAUCACCCUGAGGGUCGUAAAUAUUUACCGGCUAAUGUUGACCGACAAACGCUACGGGCUGUCGGUGAAUCUGAUGGCCACCAAAGUGAUGCCAUCGCUGCUACCUCAGACGGUCAAUCCCUCGCUCAAUUUGGAACAAUUCACGAUCCUCAUCGAGGUGCUGCAGGACAUGCUCGAGCAGAUCGACCGCAAUCAAAGGAACAAACUGAAACUGGACAAUCUCUCGCUGCCGAGCCCCGAACGACACCGGCCCCUGCGGCACCAAUACAGCUCCGACAACAUGCACGUGCCGCCCUUCAACAUCCCCAAUCUGCGCAUCGAGCAGAGGAAGACGUCGAGCGCCGAGGACAUGGCCCGCAAGAACUCCACCGGCGGCAUUUUGGGCAGCUGGUGGUUCGGCGGAUCGCCGUCGUCGCCCGACAGCAAUUUCCUGCGAGUGGCGAACGCCUUCCCCAAUCGCCGGCUGUCGGACAACACGCUGAUGACGCCCAAGAUCCGGGUGGCGCCGUCGUGCGCCUCGUCGCCGGGCGGCACGCCGGGCGGCGGCCUGCCCAUCAGGCGGCACUCGAGCAUCGGGCCGCAGGAGAGGCGCGGCUCCACCGUCAACCUGUCGCCGCCGACGGGAGGAUCGAUGCCGAAUACGAGCAGCAGCGUACCAUUCCUGCUGAGCAGCAGCAUGCAGAGCAUUAGGUCCCGUCGACCUUCGGCCGUGUUCGGAGGCUCCCAAGGCUCCCAAGGCCUCCUCCAACAGCUCGGCUCAGGCAUGUAUCAACUGUUUGCCGGCCGUCAAUAA